AUGUCUGAAAGGAAUUCCCCAGAUUCCUGCGUGACAAUGACCAACACAAAGCAGGAGGGGUUCUCUCCGUCUCAUACCCUGCUGCAUAUGACCAGUCCAUACCAAAUUAAAAGAAGACAGGCAGUUUAAUGAAAAUAAUAUUCAAUUUGUUUUCUUGCCAGCUGGCUCGUCCACCGUAAGUGGAGACGUUUGGACAGUAUGGCUGAUUUGUCCAACGGUUCCAGCAGUAGGCCUACUACAUCUGUUGCUCCAAGUGAUGACACGUCUGACGUCCAGGAGAACUAUGGUGUGACCGCAAUGCAAACCAGUAAUGAGGUUGGCUGCAGGAAAUGGGACAAGAAACACUUCUGCUUUUACUGCGAUGUACCCAGGCCAAGCUCCCCCGUCAUCUCCAGUCAUGUCACAAUGAAGAAAGAGAAGUCAUCAAGAUUGCCGGUGAGCCCAACGGUAGUGUGCGUAAGAAACUUUUGUUAAAAAUUUGCAAUAUGCAAAUAUUUGCAAAUUUGCAAUAUCACAGGCACAAUUGUCAGGUUCUUUGUGAAGUCCGAGGUGUGCUCGUUGUCAGGUACAGGCCAAAUCACAAGGUAUCUCCCUACGCAUAUGGACCAUGCGUAUAUUGUUAAAGCUAUUAUGUGAGUACCGAUUUGUGGUGAGACGUGUUCCCUUUGAAGCCAGCACCCACUCCACAGACUGACAGCACUGGUAAAGAGGGCUGAUGUGGGUGGACGGGUUGCUCACAAGAGUGAUUUGUUGAAACCUCCUCCUGUUGGCAUGUCGUUCCAGUUACACCAGGUUCUUAGUCCAAUGAAGAGAGAUGAUGUGGCUUUGGUAGUCAAGAAUGACACGUCGAUUGUUGAAUUAGCCAAGUGUGAACACAUGAAACUAGGGCACGAUGUAGAUCAGCAUGGCUACAUCCAUAACGGGAUAAGUGAAUUGGGUCGACUCCUCGUACAACUCCGAAAGAACACCCAGCAACCAAAUGCAUCACUUGAAUCAUUUGUCCAUCCGCACCACCUUUCUGAUAUUGUGAAGGCUGUGCACGAUAUUGCUGGCUUCAGGGAAGACAAGCAGUUGUACGAUGUUCCGUCACUAGCGCUGAAGAUUGGUUAUUCCAUCAAGAAGUGUGCACUCAUCUAGAAAGAAAGUGCCCUAGAGUCUGGCCAAAAACACAAAGCGGAACGUGCGGAAGAGUUUCUACAGUUGUGUGAAUUGAACUGGUGAGACCUUGUGUCCACACACGCACACAGAAUGCUGAACCAAGGCUGGCCUUGACAAUCCAUCCAACAUCCGGUCCACCAAACUCCUUAAACAUGCAGAAACUGCAUCGUUAAUUCUUGCAUUAAAGGAACAUCAGCUUGAAACUCUGGCCAACUUCAUGGUCCACGAUCUGCGGGAACAUCACGAAUACUACCAGUUGCCAGAUACCGUACAGCCGGUCACCAAACUGUCCAGACUUCUCCUGAGUUUGGAGAGGGGCAACCUGCCUUCCCAGCAGGGCAAAUCCUUGGACGAUCUGCAUGUAACUGGAGGAGGCUGCACUAGUGAAGAGGACAGCAGCAACAGUGGGGACAGCAGUGACAGCAGUGAAGACUUCUGCGAUGAAUCCAUCGAAAACGACAGCUUCCUGGUGUUGCUGCUGCAUCAUGAAGAAGGGAACCCUCUCUGCCAUCGAGACCAGUGAAGCGCCUUCCCUGGACUUACAGCGGAGAAGACAGACGUCCAAGAAGGCCUGCGCAAAUUCUUCCACUUGUGGAAAGUUCCUGGCAAGCUGGACAUUGAAGCAGCUUGCACUGUGGUGCUGCAGACCCGUACUUGGAGAAACAUCAAAGACUUUUGUCAUAACACAAUGAAGUUGUAGCCACACCAACCAUUCUUUCUAGACAUUAUACCAUAUUGAUGAUGAACCCUAUAGUAGUAGGCCAAUAACGCAACCUAUUUUUAGUGGCACAAACAACCAAGAACUUUUGUGUGUUGUCCUCGUGUUAUAGGCUGCACUCACAUGGAAGAAAAGUCCUCUGUCUGAUAGUUUGGAAAGUAUGCCCUCCA